AUGUCCCAUCUUGAGAAACAUACUUCAAUUGCAGCUUCUUCAGAAGGCAGCAAUGCAUCUGCUCCAUCCAUAUUUUCGACUGCUGAGAAGAACACUAUAUCUUCUUUUAUUCAAGAGUCAAUACAUACUCCUCCAGAAUCUUCCAGCCCUGAAGAGUCUCUUAUUCAUCUACCUCAGUCAUCACCCUUACAACCUCCAGUUCCUGUAAACACUCAUUCUAUGAUUACAAGAGCAAAGACAGUUACCUAUGAUUGGUUUGUCCAUCAAUUGGAUGUCAGUAAUGCUUUCCUUCAUGGUCACUUAAAGGAAGAUGUUUAUAUGCUCCAGCUUCCAGGGUUUGUGGAUCCUUCCAAACCUCAUCAUGUGUGCAAACUUCGGAAAUCACUAUAUGGUCUUAAACAGGCCCCUAGAGCUUGGUAUGAGGCUUUUUACAAUGCUAUUCUCUCUCUGGGAUUUAGUUCAUCAUACUCUGAUACCAGUCUCUUUAUUAAACGAGACACUUCCAUUACCUUUAUAUUGGUUUAUGUUGAUGAUAUAAUCAUCACUGGAAGUUCAAUCAUUGAGUGUAAAUCAAUCAUAUCCCAACUUCAAACCAUGUUCCCUGUCAAGGAUCUGGGAGAUAUUCAUUAUUUUUUAGGAAUUGAAGUACACAAAUCUGACAAGGGCUUGUUAUUGCAUCACACUAAGUAUGCUUUAAACUUACUUAAAAAGACAGAUAUGCUUGGAGCUAAACCUUGUGCAACACCUGUGUCUACUUCCAAACUAGACCAUUUCGGCACUCUUUUAUCUGAUCCCACUUCUUAUAGGUCCACAGUUGGUGCCUUACAAUAUCUUACUUGGACAAGGCCUGAUUUAGCUUUUGCUGUUAAUCAGGUUUGCCAGUAUAUGCACUCUCCAAGAACAAUACACUUGCAGGCAGUCAAACGCAUCCUGAGAUACCUUAAGGGCACUGUGGAUUCCAGACUUUGGUUUACUAAAGGUCCUCAAUGUCUCACUGCUUGGUCUGAUGCAGAUUCGGCAGGUUGCCCUGUGGAUAGAAGGUCCACUAGUGGGUAUUGUGUGUUCCUAGGCUCUAAUCUAAUCUCUUGGAGUGCUAAGAAACAAGCCAUGGUGGCUAGGUGA